AUGCCGGUGUGUACAUCCUGUCAUCAAACUAAACAAGACGAGGCUUUUUUCCACAAAAACAAAAAGUGGAAGACAUGCCAAAGUUGCAUCGAACAAAGGGCCCUCAAGAAACAAAAAACGAAAAGAAAAUGCGAAGACGAGGCUGUUGAGGAAGAGCCCUUACGAGUUUCUCUUCGAACUGUAGGUCUCAUGGAUCUGGCAGCCCUCGUCUCUGCCGAAAUGCGAGCUUUAAUUAACAACCCGCCUCCUACUGCUCCUGACGGAACUCAAAUUUGUUCUUUAGACCUUCGAGUGGCCCUUAACCUCGCUAAUACCAUUUCGGGUAACGAACACCCUAAAGACAUCGCACGUUGGAUUGUGGAAGAAAUAGAGAGAGCUGAUGAAUAUAACUGGACCUAUAAUUGUAUGAACACUUCAAUGCGCCAUAAGGACGUUGCAAAGUUUUAUUACGUCUGCAGUCAAUCCGUGGUUGCCAUGAAGGAAUACAAAGAAGGUUCAAAUAGGAAACGAAUGGAACGAUUCCCUUGUCAAGGAAAGAUGCAGAUGAAAAUCGAUAUGCCUGCUGCCGAAGCGAUGUUAGAGAUUCAUCACGGUCUUCUUCAUAAUAGGCCAGUUUCUAAUUCUGACAUUAGUGACGAAUGCAGAAAGGAAAUCGAGGAGAACACUCAUUUGAAUCCUAUUCAAUUACGUCAAUUACUGAGAAGUAAAGGGAUCAUGAAGAAUUAUACUCCUCGGCAAAUUCAUUCAUAUUGGGAAAGAUUUGCAAUCAACAAACACCCGGAACUUGUUCGCCAGUUUUCUGUUAUUCCCGUUAACACUCCCAGUAUUCCCGGAAUUACAACUAAUACACCCACACAAGACCGUAAUCCUAAUACACCCUAUUCCAUUUUACCAACAUUACCUUAUGGAACCACCGGUUUAUCAGCUUCGAUUGUAAAUAAUCCUUUACCAAAUUCUUUGCAGAAGGGUGUAGUUGAUCAAAUUCCAAAAUUAAGCAACCAUUCGUUUAAUCACGAUGAAUUUGUAGAAUAUGUUACCAAGAUGGAGCAAUUUGCAAAGAGAGUAAGAAAUCAAUUAGAUCGACGGAAUUAUCUCUGGUUAGAUACUGUAAAAAUAUUGACUGCUGGGGUAAUUGAAAUGGAGAAUGACAUAGUGGAAUUGGAAAGACAACGGGCUAGCGAACGAGCCACCAAACCAUGGACAAUUCAUUAUAAAUAA